UCCCCCCUCCCCUUGCACCCUCCGCUCUCGGGGCGUCUGCCGUCUCUCUUGCUUCCUCCCCCCUCCCGCCCCCACCGCACCAGGCACUUGAAGCGGCGCUUCCGAAGCCGAGUCGGGGAUUUUGCGGCUCUUGCGGGCGGAAGAGGCCGGCCAGAACGCUUCCUUGCGAACCCGUCUCCAAUUCCUAGACCAGCAUCCCUCCCCGCCCCGAGGAACAGUUUCCCAGGACCGAUCCCCGGCCAGAUUAAGCAUUAAGAAGCGACGAUGGCAGGGGAACACAGAAACCCGGCUGGCUUGGGUCUCCAGCUAGAUGCCAGUGUGGAAGAUGGCCUGAAAGUCGAGGUCCAGAAAGAAGCUGAACCCAAGAAGGAAGUGGUGGAGAGGCCUCUCAGGAUUCCUUCGGAGAGAGCCAAAGAAUCCGCGGAAAGAGUAACGGCGGAAGCCAUUAAGCAGGAGCCGGCGGCCAAUCCGGAAGACUGUUGCUUGGAAGUGGAAGAAGAGAAGUUUAUGAUAGGCAAACAGUCCCCGGUUUCUGAGGCAGGGAAUGAGCAGCUGCUGAAGGUGGAAGGAAGCGUCCAUUCGGAGGCCGAACUCUCCUCCCUGGAGGAAACCACCGACGUCGGCCUGCAUCGCCGGCAGAACAGGAUAAUCCAGCCCCUCUUGCACAUUGGCGAAGAAGCCCGGCCGUUGGUCAACAGCGCCUGCGCGAAAGACAAGACUGAGUUCAUAGAGGUUGGGGAAGAGGGCCUGGAAGUGACCGGCGCCAGCCUGGACAUUGAACGCCAGUGUUUCCGGCAGUUCUGCUACCAGGACGCCGAGGGUCCCCGCGAAGUCUGCGGCAUGCUGUGGAAGCUCUGCCAUCGCUGGCUGCAACCGGAGCGGCGUUCUAAAAGCCAGAUCCUGGAGCUGGUGAUCUUGGAGCAGUUCCUGUCCAUUUUGCCCGAAGAAAUGCAGAACUGGGUCCGAGCCGGGCAUCCAGAGACCUGCUUUCAAGCGGUUAGCCUGGCUGAGAAUUUCCUGGGACGUCAGCAAGGGACAGAGCAGGGGGAACGGCAGGGUCUCUGGCCCUUCAAAGAGGCAACUGUGGAUUUCCAUGGGACCGUAGGGCCGCCGAUGGAGUCGAGCGAAUGGCCGAUGUUCAGGGAGAACAAAGAAGAGGACGUCCCUUUAAUGGCUUCGGUGGGGAAUCCAUACACCUGCUGGGACUGCGGCGAGAGCUUUUCGGGGAUAGACGUGCUGGUGGCCCACCAGAGCAUCCACACGGGAGAGAAACCCUUCAUUUGCUCCAAAUGCGGGCAGAGUUUCAGCCAGCGCUCGCAGCUGACGGCCCACGAAAAAAGCCACGUGCCAAAGAAGGCUUUCCCAUGCCCGGAUUGCGAACACAGUUUUAGCAAGAAAAGCGGGCUCUUGGCUCACCAGAGGACACAUACGGGAGAGAAGCCGUAUCAUUGUGUCGACUGCGGACAGAGUUUCGCCCACAAGUUCGACGUCAUCCGGCACCAGCGUAUCCACACGGGAGAGAAACCGCACGAGUGCCCCGUCUGCGGGAAGAGCUUCCGAAACACCUCGGCUUACCACGUCCACAUGAGGAUCCACACGGAAGAGAAGCCCUACCCUUGCUCGGUUUGCGGGAAGAGCUUCCGGCACCGGGCUAAUGUCAUUGUCCACGAGAGGAUCCACACGGGGGAAAAACCGUACGUUUGCGUGGAAUGCGGGAAGAGCUUCGGCGACGCGUCUUCUCUUAGGAAGCACAGAAGAUCCCACACCGGAGAGAGGCCGUACCACUGCGGGGCGUGCGGGAAAAGCUUUUCUCAGAACGCCGGGCUGGUUCAACACGAGAAAAUCCAUACGGGAGAAAAACCCUACCAGUGCCCCGAAUGUCCCAAAAGUUUCCGGGACAAAUCGGCUUAUGUCGCGCACCAGAGGACCCACACGAAGGAGACCCCCUACCGUUGCAUGGUCUGCGGCAAAUGCUUCGGCCAUCGCUCCAACCUUCACAAGCAUGAAAAAAUCCACGCCCGGAGACAAAUGGUUUGAGCACUCUGAUGGGAAGCGCUUCGCUCAGAAACCAAAAACUCCUCCUGCAUGAACAGACUCGUUUGAAAGAGAAGGCCCAAAGUCCUUCCCUCACCUUGAAUAGAUUUUGUUUUGUCCGCCAGGUAUGCGCCGUCCCUUCUCUUCCUUCUCGUUUAACGGACAGCUGGAACAACACAGCGGUGUGUGUUUGGAGAAGCCGACCGAUCAUGUGAUGGGUGAAUAGGACAUUGUCUCUAUGGCCAUCGUGGUUUUUUCCUUUCCUCGGUUUCCUUUUCCUUACCUCUUAGACUUUCUUUUUUUUUAAAUAAAAAAAAGAAAACGGAUUAUAUUUUAAGUGAGUUGAUUUAACUCACGCUUGGAUUGCAUGUACGCUAUAACCAGUUCAAUGUGAACAUUUCGGCUAGCUCUGGCUCCGACCAAGGUUUGUUCCUUACAAAGCGGUCGCAUCGGCGUAAGAGAAACUGCCGGGGGCUCCUGCCCGUUUUGAUUCUCGCCACACCCUCCUGAAGCCGCUCAGGGUGUGGAUG